AUGGUGCAGGCAGUCGCCAGAUACGGCAGAUGUAUUUUGGGCCUGCAUCGGAGAGUAUUUUGCAAGGGCAGCGCCACCAAGGCCAACACCGAUGAACUGAUAGUCGCAAGAGAGGUCUCCAAGCUGCGCUUGAGCAUCGCUCGCAGGUAUUCACUACUCCUGACAUUUCUUGCAUGUGUGCUGCUCGCGAUGGUGCAGUGGAACAUCAUUUUCAAAAAGCCGCGAUGGAUGACAGAUGCUUUCUCCUGGCUUAUGGUCGCGUGCUUCGCUUCCCUAGUCUUUACUCAGAUCUUCCCUUGCCUGUUGUCAGAGUACACGUUGGACUUCUGGUACCUUGUGGGAAGCGCCAGCUUGACAUGCUGCCUUUGGCCUCCGUUCCUGUAUGCGGAACACCUAACCUUCGUUUCCGGAGUAGUGCUAGUGGUCUAUCGCUUGCCCGCUGCAAUAAUGACUCAUCAUUACUUUUUCGUUCUUCUUGCAAACUUGAUCAGCGUUGUCAUGACCUACCUUCGUAUGGUAUUUGAUGAGCAGGAAGAAAUAGGAGCCUGGGCCUUGCACGGUGAGGUGCUCUGCACAUUGGCAGUAGUGAUGCUGUCAUUCAUCAUGCGGUCCGCGUUGGAGCGCUUCGCCGAACAGUUUGUCAGAGGCACGAAGGCGACCACCGAACUGAACGCAGCUUCGGCCCUGCUUGAGCUGACGUGUGAUGCCGUGUUGGAGCUCCAUGAAGACUUGACGGUCGCGACCUGCUCCCCGCAACUGGCUGCCAUGUUGCUGCGAGGCCAAGGCCUCUGCAUGGCGGGCCUGAGCUUUACCGACUUUGUUGCUGGCGUCUCGGAGAAGCAGCGUGCUGCUGAAAUUCUGGGCGACUGCGAGCCGGGAAGCGAAAGGAAGGAAAGGACGGCGUCGGCAAGGGCCUUCCACACGCGACUGGUGGAUGCAUGUGGAAGCAAGUUUCGCACAGAGGUCUUUCAGGUCAGCUACCACAAGUUAGAUGGUAGUAUACAUCACUUGUUGGGCCUGCGUGAUUUUACGGAUCAAAAGAGUAUUGCCAGCAACGCAGUUGAUGCGAUUUCAGAAGGAGAAGACAGCCGGCCAGAGGAAGUGCUUGAGCCAGUUUCGCGGUCUCGUCGACUUGGGUUGCUGGAAGUUGACAUUGACUUCAUGCAAGUCUGUGCGGCUUCUGCACCGCUCGGAUGUCUUGCGGGCAAGGCACUGACAGAUGUUUUAUCUGUUGCUACUUCCAAGAGACUGAAGCGACUUUGGGACGAAGUCCUGCUCAUAGAAGCUAGAGGUGAGCUCGCGUGGAAGGUCUUGCCUUUUGGCACAAUUGAUCUGCGUUUGAGUUCCUCAGAGACACUAUCCGUCAGCGGUACUGCAGAGGUGGUCAGAACUUCGACUGGUGAACUGGAGUUUUUCUUGUGCUUCAGCAUGCCGCCUUCCUUUCCUUCCUUUCGGUCGAUUCGCCGAUCUUCCAGAAGAUCUCACCAGAAUGGAAACAGCGACUACUCGACUGACGAAGGGAAUUUUGAUAUUGAAAGUGCACAAAGUGUACACAGAUCGUCACGAGCGUAUUCCCUCUAA